AUGGGCACCGCCUGUGAUGCCUACGCCGGAGACUUGGUACAGGAAGAUUGCUGCAACAACGGAGAAAUCUUCGCUAUAGCAUCCCUACCCAGGGCACAAACGUCCCACUCUCUGGUGGGGUACCUCACAAAAGAACUUACCAGUAUUGUUCGUUCGUUGGAUUUUAAAAAGCUUGUUCAAACCGAGCCUAAUGAAAAAUAUGGCUUUUGGUUAAAACCGAAGAAAGAACUGCGCAUUUCAUAA